AUGGCAGGAUUCGCAGACAUUCUGUUUGAUGCAGAUGAAUAUGACGAGUUCGAAGAUGCAGACGUCGUGGGUUCGUGGGGCGAUGAGGAUGAUUUUGGAGAUUUCGAGACUAGUGAGACGCCUGUUGUCAGCAGCAAACCGCCGAAGCCUUCAUCAGUGCAACCGAAAAAAGUCAACCCAUCAUCAGCACCUGUGACUUCAUCUGCUGUAGAUCUGUUAGGCUUUGACGACCCAGUGAAGACGACGAGUAAACCAACACCACGACCAGCGCCGGCAAGCGCAACAAAGCCAAAACUCCCGACACGCAAACCUCCAGUCACACGCCCGGCUGCCGUGCCUCGCCAGGAAUCCAUGCACUCAAAUGACGAUGCAUGGGAUGACUUCGAAAUUUCACAGCCCCCACAGCCAACGAAGCAAUUACCACAAACAACCCCUCCAGAACAAACUCCACAGAUUAAACUACCAGAAAACGUCCUAGGCGAUCUCACAACCCUUCCUACAACCACAGGCGUAGCUCCCUCCAACAUCCCACCCCCUUCAGUCCUCCUGUCGAUCUUUGGCCCCGUCUUGACUUCCCUAGCUCUCCAAUUUCUACACCCCUUGAGCACCCUUUCCUCCACCCAAAAAUCCCACUUCCUCUCAUUAGCAACAACAAAAUCCUUUCUCGCCAGCUACAUCACCCUCACCCACGUGCUUGGCCACAUAAUCGCCGGCCGCAAGUCUCGCUGGAAGCGCGACAAACAUCUCGCUCAAAGCAUGAGCAUUGGCCCCGCAACCUCCGGCCGCAGCGGCGGCAUGAAACUCGCUGGCCUCGAUAAAUCUGAAGCCGGCCGCGAAGAUACCGAAGUCCAAGUCGUGUUGUCUGCAUGGCGCGAACAAGCAGGUAGAUUGAAAACUGCAGUCACCGGUGCUUCAGUGCAUGGAAUCAAACUCACCGUACCGGACUUGGGUGAUGCGCUUCCUGUGCGGGUGGCUAAAGCAUCUGAAGGUGCGAUCACGAGCACGCAGGCUUGUGCGUUGUGUGGCUUGAAGAGAGAAGAGAGGGUGGCUAAGGUGGACGUGGCAGUCGAGGACAGUUUUGGAGAGUUUUGGGUCGAGGGGACGAAUAUGCAUCGGUCGUGCCUGAGGUUCUGGGAGCUGUUCAAGACUAGACUGAUGUCGAGGUGA